AUGCAGGCUGCUACAGUUAAUAUCAUUCUAGGUACUCACGUAUGGGCAGAAGACCCAGCAGUAUGUUGGAUUGAUGGACAAGUUACAAAGAUUAAUGGGCAGGAAGUUGAGGUCACAACAACUGAUGGGAAGAGAGUUGUUGCAAAGUUAUCAAAAAUAUAUCCCAAAGAUGUGGAUGCUCCAGCUGGUGGUGUUGAUGACAUGACUAAGCUUUCUUAUUUGCACGAACCUGGAGUUCUUCAAAAUUUGUCCACAAGAUUUCAACUCAACGAAAUAUACACUUAUACUGGAAAUAUUCUCAUUGCCAUUAACCCAUUUCAAAGAUUAACUCACUUAUAUGAAACUCAUAUGAUGGAACAAUACAAAGGGGCACCAUUAGGGGAACUAAGUCCUCAUGUUUUUGCAAUUGCGGACGUGGCUUUCAGGGCAAUGAUUAAUGAAGGAAAAAGCAACUCGAUCUUGGUCAGUGGUGAAAGUGGGGCUGGUAAAACUGAGACUACUAAAAUGCUUAUGCGGUAUUUAGCCUAUUUGGGUGGUCGUAAAGGCACCGAAGGACGGACAGUUGAGCAGCAAGUUCUUGAAUCAAAUCCAGUUCUGGAAGCAUUUGGAAAUGCAAAAACUGUCAGAAAUAAUAAUUCAAGUCGGUUUGGAAAAUUUGUUGAGAUUCAGUUUGAUAAACAUGGAAGAAUAUCUGGAGCAGCCAUCAGGACAUAUCUCCUUGAAAGAUCUCGUGUUUGCCAGAUUUCAGAUCCUGAACGCAAUUACCACUGUUUCUAUCUUCUAUGUGCAGCACCCCCAGAGGAAGUUGAAAAAUAUAAACUGGGAGAUCCUAAAACAUUUCACUAUCUCAAUCAAUCAAAUUGCUACCAACUUGUUGGCGUAAACGAAGCUCAAGAUUAUCUUGCCACUAGAAGAGCCAUGGAUGUUGUCGGAAUAACCGACACAGAUCAGGAAGCAAUUUUCCGACUUGUAGCAGCAAUCCUCCAUCUUGGUAAUGUCCAGUUUAUCAAAGGAAAAGAGGUUGAUUCAUCCCUCCUGAAAGAUGACAAAUCGAAAUUUCAUCUGAAGAUGACAGCCGAGCUACUCAUGUGUGAUCGUGCGGCGCUGGAGGAUGCACUGUUAAAACGUGUGAUGGUUACCCCAGAAGAAGUUAUUAAAAGAAGUCUUCCUCCUGAUGCCGCAACCACUAGCAGGGAUGGUUUGGCUAAGACAUUAUAUUCCCGCCUAUUUGACUGGCUAGUUGAUAAAAUCAAUAUGUCAAUUGGUCAAGAUCCAAAUUCCAAAUCUCUGAUUGGUGUUCUUGACAUUUAUGGUUUUGAGAGCUUUAAGUCAAAUAGUUUUGAACAAUUUUGUAUCAACUUUACCAACGAGAAGCUGCAACAACAUUUCAAUCAGCAUGUGUUCAAGAUGGAGCAAGAGGAAUAUACCAAAGAGCAAAUUGACUGGAGCUACAUAGAAUUUGUUGAUAAUAAAGAUGUCCUAGAACUUAUUGAAAAGAAACCUGGUGGAAUUAUUGCUCUACUUGAUGAAGCCUGCAUGUUUCCCAAGUCAACUCAUGAAACAUUUUCACAGAAGCUUUAUCAGACAUUCAAAAAUCACCCACGCUUUAUCAAACCCAAAUUGGCUCGCAGUGAUUUCAUCAUUUCCCAUUAUGCUGGGGAGGUUCAUUAUCAGUCUGAACUGUUUCUAGACAAAAACAAAGAUUAUGUCGUUCCCGAACAUCAAGAUUUGUUGUUGGCUUCCAAGUGUUCUUUUGUAGCAGGUCUUUUUCCUCCAGUCGCUGAGGAGACAAAUAAAUCUUCAAACAAAUCUGCUAAGUUCUCGUCAAUAGGUUCUCGCUUCAAGCUACAACUUCAAUCAUUAAUGGAAACUCUGAAUUCCACAGAACCACAUUAUAUCAGAUGUGUGAAGCCAAAUAAUCUGCUUAAACCUUGCAUCUUUGAGAAUGCCAACAUCAUGCAACAAUUACGUUGUGGGGGUGUUCUAGAAGCAAUCCGUAUAAGCAUGGCUGGAUACCCAACUCGCAAGAGUUUUUUUGAUUUCCUCAAUCGGUUCAGUCUUCUUGCUCCAGAGGUUUUGGGAGGGAAUCUUGAUGCAAAGGAUGCAUGUAAAAAGAUUAUUGACAAGAUGAAGCUUCAAGGGGCUCAGAUUGGAAAAACGAAAGUUUUUCUUAGGGCUGGUCAGAUGGCGGACCUAGAUGCACAGAGAGCUCAAAUACUUAACACUGCAGCUAAGAAAAUUCAAAGAAAGAUAAGAACUCAUAUCACUAGGAACCGUUUUCUUGCUUUGAGGAAAGCUUCUAUCUCAUUGCAAUCUCUAUGUAGAGGAAAGCUUGCUACGAAAUUAUUUGAACACAUGAAAAGGCAGGCUGCAUCACUUAAAAUACAGAAGAAUUAUAGGCGACAUUCAUUAACGAUGUGGUACAGUAAAUAUAAGCUCUCUGUCAUUGUUCUUCAGACAGGAUUGAGAGCAAUGGCUGCUCAUAACGAAUUCAGACACAGAAAGACAACUAAAGCAGCACUUCUUGUGCAAGCCAAUUGGCAUCGUCAUAGAGACUUUAAAUACUAUAAGAGACUGAAGAGGUCAGCAGUGGUUACACAAACCCGAUGGAGGGGGAGAGUUGCUAGAAAAGAGCUUCGGAAACUAAAGCAGGAGGCAAGGCAAACAGGUGCACUCCAGGAAGCAAAAGAUAAGCUUCAAGCGCAAGUGGAAGAUCUCACUUGGCGUUUACAGUUAGAAAAACGCAUGAAGACUGACCUGGAAGAAGCAAAAGGGCAGGAAAUUCAGAAAUUGCAGAACUCACUGCAAACAUUGCAGGCUAAACUUGAUGAAACAAAUGAAUUGCUUAUCAAGGAACGUGAAACCGCCCAGAAAGCAAUCGAGGAAGCAUCAGCUAUUGUUAAAGAAACUACUCCAAUUCAUGUAGAAGACACAGAAAAGAUUGACAAACUAAGUGCAGAAGUGAAAGAGUUGAAGAGUUUGUUAGAAUCAGAGAGAAACCGAGCUAAUGAAGCUGAGAAGAAGUGCACUGAAGCCCUUGAAUCAAGUGAAAAUAAGAAACAGAAGUUGGAAGAAACUGUAAACAGGGCAAAUCAACUUCAAGAAUCUUUGACUAGGCUGGAGGAGAAGCUCGCCAACAUAGAGUCAGAAAACAAAGUUCUUCGCCAGCAAGCGUUAACAAUGGCACAAAAUACCAAGAUGCAGGCUGCACGGUCAAAAUCAAUGAAGAGGACCGAUAGUAUAAAAUCUCAGUCUCAGUCUGUGGAUCUUCAUAGUCCUUCCAUGCAACAGAGAGAAGCUGAUGUGGAGGAGAAACCACAAAAGUCACUUAACGAGAAACAGCAAGAAUAUCAGGAUUUGCUCCUUCGAUGUAUCGCACAACCCCUAGGGUUCUCAAAAGGACGACCGGUUGCUGCAUGCAUCAUAUACAAAUGUCUCAGACAGUGGCGGUCAUUUGAAGCUGAAAAAACCAGCAUUUUUGAUCGUAUAAUUCAAACCAUAGGCCAAGCAAUUGAGACACAAGAUAACAAUGAAGUCUUAGCCUAUUGGUUAUCCAAUGCCUCAACUUUGCUGCUGCUGUUGCAACGCACAUUGAAAGCUAGUGGUGCUGCUGGGGCCCCACAACACCGAAGACCAACAUCAGCUAGCUUAUUUGGAAGGAUGACUCAGAGCUUUCGUGGAACUCCACAAGGUGUAAACAUGUCUUUAAUAGAUGGGGAGACAAAUGGUGCAUCUGACACAUUACAGCAAGUUGAAGCCAAAUACCCUGCUUUGCUAUUCAAGCAGCAGUUAACAGCAUAUGUUGAAAAGAUAUAUGGAAUGAUACGUGACAACUUAAAGAAAGAGAUUUCUCCAUUGCUUGGAUUGUGCAUCCAGGCACCGAGAAUAUCCAGAGCAAACUUGCUAAAGGGGAACGCUGUUGCGCUAGCAAGUGCUGCUUCUCAGGAUAUCCUGAUUGCUCACUGGCAAGGGAUUGUUAACAACAUUGGAUGCUUCUUAAACAUGUUGAAAUCUAACAAUGUACCGCCAUUUUUGGUUCGCAAAAUCUUCACACAGAUAUUUUCUUUCAUCAAUGUACAAUUAUUCAACAGCCUUCUGUUGAGACGAGAGUGCUGUUCUUUCAGUAAUGGGGAAUACGUCAAGGCAGGAUUGUCGGAACUGGAACAGUGGUGCUACAAAGCAACUGAAGAGUAUGCAGGAUCAGCUUGGGAUGAGCUCAAGCACAUAAGACAAGCUAUUGGGUUCCUGGUUAUUCAUCAGAAGCCAAAGAAGACACUGGAUGAAAUAACUCACGAUUUGUGCCCAAUGCUUAGCAUACAACAGCUCUACAGAAUCAGUACCAUGUAUUGGGAUGACAAAUACGGCACCCAUAGUCUUUCUCCAGAUGUAAUUUCCAACAUGAGGGUGCUGAUGACUGAAGAUUCAAACAAUGCUGUCAGCAGCUCAUUUUUGCUGGAUGAUGAUUCAAGCAUACCAUUCUCUGUUGAUGACCUCUCCAAAUCAAUGCAUCAGAUCAAUAUAGCAGAUAUUGAGCCGCCACCACUUGUUCGUGAUAAUUCGGGUUUCAGUUUCUUAUUGUCACGUGCUGAAUCAUGAUCAUUCGGGUUUCAGUUCACUUAUCUGGAAGUUGACCUUUGAUGAUGUGUUUAACUAGGUGUUGCCAGGUUCCAAGUUUGAUUACUGUUUGGAGUUGCUAUGUGUUGGAUGAGGCUUCUGAAACUCGAAGGUGGAGAUUGUUAUAUUGAGUUUUAGAAGUCUAGGGUGUUAAGAGUAAUAAGGUCAAACUUGAGGGACCAGUCUUGCCUAAUAUGAUAGUUAGUUUGUUAAUAGUUAGUUAGUAACUGAUUUGGGGAAAGUCUUAGUAUAAGAACAGCUCUCGAUUAGGUCAUCACUUUAAAUUCGUUUUCUUUUCUUGUUCAAUCGUUGUAAUCGUUGAUUUCGAUCAUUAAUAAAGUGAGCAAUCGUUGGUGUGUGUA